CUUAUACACUGCCAUCUGAUAUGUCACUGUACACAUAUUGUUAAGUCUACUAAAGGGCAGUUCUUGUCAUGGAGGGCUCCCCCUUCAGAGCCGGCUCACGAAGCCACGCAACUCGUAGCUUUGUUCGAGCCAUGAGUAAAAUGGAGCUACAGCGUAAAUGGAGUCUGGGGCUACCGGUCGAGGCUAAGAGCGGUGAAGACCUUCGGAGGCACUGCCUGCUCAAGGCCGCCAAAGCAGCACUUAUGGCUGUCGAUUUGAGGCUCGCGCAAGGGGCGCCGUCCAGCGCACCGGUGGACCCCUCAGCGCGCACUCUGGUUAUUGACCUUGAGUGCCUGUGUAGCAACGUUUGCUUUUACGACCGCACGCAAGGCUUCGUACAACGGGUGCUACCACGCCCCCACGUGCGCCUGUUCCUGGAGAGCGUGCGCGCGCAUUUCCGCCUGGCGGUGUGGAGCAGCCGCAGCCGCGCAUGGAUGAGCUGUGCGCUGUGCACGCUGGACCCGGCAGCUGAGUUCCUUGACUUCCGGUCGCAGCUGGCCGCGGCCGCUUCGGAUGUGGACUACGAGACGGAAGGGCUGCCCACCAUUCUAGAUGACGGCCAGGGCGUGGACCCCUCCGACGUGGUGGUGGUCACGCUGUGCCGGGCCGCCUUCGGCUCUCUGGCGGACUCGGUCAUCGAGGUGCCUCCCUUCGAUGUGCAGGCGGCAGGCGCCGCCGCGGGGCAGUCCUACGACACGGUCCUGCUCAGCUUGGCGGCCCUGCUGGUCCGACACAUGGGCCUGAAUGCCGCCGGUGGCGCCGCAGACGCGGUCGCUGCCAACGGCGGCGCCGAUAGCAGCGACGAGCAGGAGCGGCGGCUGCGGCUGGAGGAGAGCGAUCCGGGCAGCAGCGGCUCGGGUGCCGCGGCAGCGGCGCCGCCAGCGCCGCAACGGCGGCCUGUGCGUGAGGAGCUGCGGCGCCUGGGGCUGUCGGAGUCGCGCUUCGCCGAGGCCGCGCUGGGGCUGCUAGGCGGCGAGUGCCCAGCGGCCGUGUCAUAUGUCCUUGAAGACAUGGCGCCGCAGCGCAACCCCCAAGCACCGCACCCGCAGGGCCGCCUGCAUGCACACGCAGGCAGCAGCGCCAUGGCCGCAGCAGCCGGGCCGCUCGGCGCGCCCGAGGUGGUGCUUGAAGAGGAGAUUGGGGGCGCGGGUGAAGCUGGGCCGUCGCCACCGCCGCAGCAGCAGCAGCCGUGGCACCAGCAUGAGGCGGCCACCGACCUGACGCCGCUGCAGCUCUCUCGGCUGGAGCUUGUGGACUUGCGUGCCGACAUGGGGUUGCCAGCCUCUCCCGUCUCCCCUGCCGACCUCCCCUCCCCAUCCUCCUUGCCUGCCGCGUCGCCAGCAGCCGCCGCGGCCGCAUCCUCAGCUGCCUCUCCCCCGGGGUCCUCAGCCUGCUCUGGCACCUCCUCAGCCUUCUCCGCGAGCGGCAUAUCAACCCCACGCUGGAGCGCCGCCUCGGCCGCCCCGGGCUCGGCAGGCGGCGCUGCUGAUGAGAAAACUCCUGGCACCCUCGUGCCGUCAUGCCUAUCGCUGCGCUGGCGCUCGGCCCGGCGCCGGGCGCUGGACCAGGGCGACCAGUCCUGCGAGUCCACAAGCAGCUGUAGCACGCCGGCGGCACCUGCUGAGUUGGGCAGCACACCAGGCACCGGAGCGCAGCCCAGGCCCGCGUCACCGCUCAAGGCAGCCUUCCGGCGUCUCACUGCCGUCGUGCGCAAGUCGCUGCGCAGCCGCGCUGCAGAAACCGUCGACGCACUUGCGGGGGCCGCGGCUCCGGAGGCCGGAACCCACAGCCCAAGCAGCUUAGUUCAGGCAGCAACACCUGCACCCUACUGCAGUCAUGUGGGCGCACAUGCCCCGAGCGCGUUUGCCGCCGCGGCAGCGUGUGACGAGAGCAGCGUCCCGUCGGAGCCGGAGUCAUGUGGUGCCGUGGUGCAGUCGACUGUGUCUGUGUCGGCGGGGAGUGGCUUCCGCGUGCCAAGGCCCGGCAACGAGUCCUCCGAGCUCCUCGCCCAACGCUACAGUGACCAGAGCGACAGCAGUCGGAGGUGUUCCACAAGCGCAGCGUGGAGCGUCUGCAGUGCUGCCACCCUCGGCAGUGGCUUGAGCGGCAGCACGGUCGCGUCCAGCGUGAGCGGCUGCGUUAGUGCUGGCCAUGACUGCCUCACGUACGAUAGCAGUGGCAGCGUAGGCAGCAGUGGUGGCGGCGCAGCGGGCAUGCUGCGGCCCUUACUUACGCGUGGCCGCAGCAGCGAGACCCUGUACAAGGUGCUGGGCGUCACGCAGCCGGUAAGGAGCGCGGCAGCGCCCCACUGCGCAUUGACGCAGUCAGCGGCGGCGGGCGCGGCGACGUUGACGCACUGCAAAGAUGCUGACGCCGAUGCACCAGCGAUGGCCGCUGCGGCGGCACGCAUGCUGAAUGCUGCGAUGCGGGUUCGCUGCCCCGAGCUCCCGGGCAGCCGUAUCGCACUGCUGUGUGGGCAGCCGACUUCCGCCGGGUCCCCCGCAGAGGGCCUGCGAGCCAAGUCCGGCUUUGUGACUCCCGUGCGCGCCACCCUCGCGUUGGGCAACGGUGCAUACGCCGCCGCGGACUCUGCAGCCGACGCACCCGGCAAGCGUCUGCCAGUGCAGGACCUACCAUGUGCAACCGGAGCUGCGAGCGUGUCGUGUGACGUUCCACUGCCUGCAAUUGCGACGGAGCCGGAGGCAUGCGUCGACUUGAUGGUGCCACUUGAGGGCGCUGGCGCCGACACGCAGGAAGCUGCGCAGGCAUGGACGCCAGCGGCAUCCGAGGGCGAUGAGCGCAGCAGCCGCCCCAUGCCGAUUUCCGCUGCUGCCCUGUCCUCUGCCUCCUUCACCUCGAGCUCCUCCGCAGCCGCGGCGGCGGUGUUUGGCGAGGGCUGCAGCGGCGGCGGCAGCCGGGUCGGAAGCCUUGAAGCCCUGGAGCGUGCGUCGCUUUCUGAGCCGGGCAUGCUGUCUCGAAUGGAUCCGCCGCUGAGCCUGCACCGCACACUCGAUGACAGCUUUGAUGAAGAGCUGAUGUGAUCAUGACCGGCCGUGUCUACACGAACAGGCAUGCUACCGGCUGUGCAUGCUUGAACCAGACCGCAUCAGUAGCAGUUGGAUGGUUGGCGCAAUGCACCUGUGGCAUGUGUUGCAUGCUGAAAGCUGUGACCCGCCAUCCAAAUGAUUCUGGUUGAGCAGGAUUAUACAAGACAUUUACUGUCCUUUGAAUGUCAGGAGGCACUGAGUUAGUCGAACCCGAGUGAUACGAAAACGUACGCUAGGAUGUACAGUUUGACUGCUGUUGAUUGACGACAUGGCAGUCCGCCAUUGCAUAGCCUUCACACACCGGAUGGGUAUCCCGGAAGAGUAUGUUGAUUCUCGUGGUGCACUGAUGCCUGCAUGUUUGUGCAUGGUGCGGAGUGAGUGUGCAGGAGUGACACCUGUGCGUUGCUUAACGUCAAUAAACAUGAAGGCAGGUCCGUCGCUAGGGCCUUAGUGAAAAUUGAGGGAAGUUUGGGUUGCCUGCAUUACAACAUUCAGGAGGAAGCCAUAACCCGGGUGCUACAUGAGUACAGAGGCUACACUGCGCAACACAUCUUCGAAUAGUUUCGUUCAUACCGCGCAAUUUAAUAUAAUACUACCGGCGUCAUGUACGUACAGUAUUAUGAUAAGGCUACAGAACUGCGGCUCACGACUGCGUAUUGCGCAUGGCAUGCCCGCCGCGAUGCAGCGGGUGUCCGAAGCUUAAGGCAUACCGGCAUCCCACCCGGUUUCUGUCGGUUUUUCCGGAGGAGUUAGCAACUUACAUGCUUUCCAUCCAUGCAAGCAAAAGCUAUCAAGCCGAAACAUUUGGCGUUUGCCAAGUAAUUUAAAGUGGAUGCUGGGAGCGGGCAGAUAGUUUUGUCGCUGUAGUUGUCGUUGCGUUGAGCUGUAUGAGCGGUGAUUAGGGCUCAACCAAUAGCGUGUGCGCCGCCGGAUGCAAGUCAUCCAGGCACGUGGAAAUGCAGGGCCACCAGAGGGCGGCGGACACGUGGUAUGCUCUACUUGGGGUCCGGCGCUGCAGCCCUGUAUGAUGUGGUGGGGUUCUGGAUGCAAGGCCAGGUGCCUGGCCUCUGAUUCCGGUCGAGUGUGGUCUGAAGCAGCAAUCGGUUGCCCGACUGGUGGCAGGAUGAAUGUCAUGGGGUCCAUGCAAGACUGAGUCAAGCGCAGGGCCGUGCGCGCGACAGGGUGUCACGCAGCACCCGGCAUUGCAGCGCUGUCAGACCAGAGCCUUGCCGUGUCUGCUAUCUAAUCCAGGCUGGCUACGCCUCGACUGGUGCCAUGAACAGCCAAACCGGGCAACACCACCUGCGCCUUCGUCCACGGCCAUUGUGUGUCAACCGUUGUGGUGAGCGGCGCCGCAUCAUGCUCUUGUUGCCAGCCGUUGGCCGUGGCCGUGGAGUAUGAUAAGCGUUUCAGCGAGACACGGUAUGGGAUGAAGCCAUGAAGGGUGCUUAGAAGAGUGCCUCC